AUGCACAAGGGCUACAACUCCUGCGAUGGAUCAUCUUUGACCAUUGGCCAGGUUUUAGAUGAGUUGCCCUUUGGCUCUUUCCAUAUUGGCCACAUUCUGUGGACAACCACGGCUGUGGCAAUCUUUGCUAUACACUCCGAGAUGACGCCAUACAUGUUCCCAGGGCUACAGAUGCAGUUUGGUGCAGACAAGGAUGAGCUCUCCACCUAUGCUGCUGCAUACCAAGCUGGCUGCGCGUUUGGAGCUCUGCUCGCGCCAGUAUUGGCUGAUAAGCUCGGACGAAAGCCCACACUGGUGUUUGCCACCGCUGUGACCACGUUGCUGAAUUAUGCUUCUGCUUCCGCAACCUCUUUCAAUAUGAUACUAGUUCUUCGAACGCUUGGUUCUGCGAGCUGGGGCAUUGCCUAUUCUGCUCUGGGCCCGUGGUAUGUUGAGUUCCUUCCGACAGCUGCUCGUGGGGCGAUGCUGGCUGCGAUUACACUGGGAUGGCCUGUAGGGCGCGGCGCCGUCAUUGUGAGCUCCGACGUCUUUGAUAACAACUGGCAAAAGAUGCAGCUGCUAUCAGCAGUGUCCAUGGGAGUGUUGCUUCUUGGCACAUGCCUGAUAUAUGAAUCACCCCGCUAUCUGGUGGCCACGGGCAGGAUUGAAGAGGCCAAAGCUGUGCUAGCAGACCUGCACAGAAGGAAUGGUAAACAAUGGUCGUCUGACUGCCGGCUUCGUAUUGCCACAGCGUCCUCAACUGAUGAGAGGAGUUGGCAGGAGCUUUUCAACGGGGAGUUCCUGCCCAAGAUCCGCUUCUGCUUGAUCCUCUUCUCCCUCCUGUCAAUGACCACCAUCAUGAUUGACACUUGGGGGCCGAUGCUCUUUCAGAAUCUUAUGUUUCCAGAUGACAAUGCUUUGCCUCGAGCCCUCCUCAUGAUCUUCAAUGUGGGAGACUUUUGUGGGCUGGUUGUCUCAGUCCUUGUGGUUGACUUCAUUGGCAGACGGGGAAGCUUUGCUGUAGGUUUCUUUUUUCAAGGGACUCUGCUCCUCGGCCUGGCAGGAACUCAUGUCUUGAAUGAUGCUGCCCGUCUCUACCUGCAGUCCAUCCUGGGUGCGGUCUCAGCCUCGUGCCGCGGAUUUGCAUGGGAGGGAGCCAUCAUGUGGGUCUUGGAGGCUUUCCCUACGACUCUCCGGACUGCGGCGCUUUCGUUGUCAAGGGUGGUGAUGCAUUCCAUGGCGAUCAUCACGCUCAAGGUAUCGGCUCAGUGCCUCUCUUCACUUCCAGCCUUCACCUGGCUACAAUUGCUCGGCUGCACCUCGCUCGUUGGAGGUGUCAUCGUGUUUCUCUGCAACCCUGCCGAAAGUGCUUGCAAGCCGCUGAUGGAAGGUUCAUCCGUGACAGCCAAAGAUGCAGGCAGCCAGGCUUGA